UAUAUUUAUCCUGCAUUAGUUGGAUAAAAGAUAAGUAAUUUGACGAAAUAUUAUCAUUAUCUUCUCCACCAUGAAGAUAGCAAUAAUUCUACUUGCUGCAGUGUCUGUGUGUGUAUGCAAGACUGCCCCUAGAGCAGUUCAGGAAGAGUUUCUCAGGUUCAAGGAGAAGUAUGGCAAGGUUUACCAAACCAAGGCCAUCGAGGAGGAGAGGUUCGAAAUUUUUAAGGCAAACUUUUAUAAGAGCUUGAGACAGAAUAAGAUGAUUUCAAGUUAUACUACAGGGAUAACUCAGUUCUCAGACCUAACUGAACAGGAGUUUAAGGAUACCUACCUAAGAUACAAGAAGAUGCCAGGAACCGUCGGGAACAGCUCCCCUAGGAUCAGCAAGGACCUCCCUGACUACAUCAACUGGGUGGAGAAGGGGGCUGUUACUGAAGUUAAGAACCAGGGACAAUGUGGAUCAUGCUGGGCCUUUGCAACCACAGAGCAGGUUGAAUCAUAUGCUUUCAUCAGUUCUGGUGAACUCCCCAACCUCUCUGCCCAGCAAGUGACCUCCUGCACCCCUAAUGUCCUCCAGUGCGGAGGAUCAGGAGGCUGUUUCGGCUCCGUGACCCAGCUUGGGUUCAACUACCUCCAGCUGUUCGGACAGAUGGCCGAGGAUGAUUAUCCGUAUGUAUCUGGAACCUCAGCUCAGACUGAGGAGUGCUCCUAUGACUCCAGCAAAACAAUCGUGAGCCUAACCGGAUAUGAUACUCUUCCUGCCAAUAAUCAUGAGGCAGUCAUGACCCACUUGGCUGAGGUUGGACCCCUUUCCAUUGCUGUUGAUGCUUCUCAAUGGGCUAGUUACACUGGAGGAGUGUUCAGUGGUUGCUCUUUCCAGGAGAACAUAUCAAUCAAUCAUGGAGUUCAACUCGUAGGAUACGGUUCAGAUUUCAGCGCAAUGGGAGUAUAUGAUUACUGGCUGGUAAGAAAUAGCUGGGGUUCAAGCUGGGGAGAGGACGGAUACAUUAAGCUCCUGAGAACCCCGGAGUGCGGAGUAAACUCCACCCCUAUGGAUGGAACUGCAUGUGUCAAUGGUCCAGGAAAUGACGAGCAGACUGUUUGCGGCAUGUGCGGAAUGCUGCUAGACUGCUCCUACCCCCUUGGAGUUCAGAAAUUGUAACUUAAAGACUUCUUCAUUUUAUUGACAUAAGUAUAAUAAAAAAUAAAUAUUUUUGAGAGCUGAA